AUGGCUCGAGCCAUGGUCCUAUUAUGGGCAUGUUAUUCUGCGCUUUUAACCGGUACAUGUGUCAAUGGUCUAGGCGUGAAUUGGGGUACGCAGACAUCAACACCUUUGGAUCCUAAAUAUGUCGUGCAGAUGCUCAAAGACAAUAAGAUUAACAAGGUGAAGCUUUUUGAUUCGGAUCAUUGGACUGUUCAUCAGUUUGCUGGAACGGGGAUCGAAGUCAUGCUUGGGAUCCCUAACCUCAAUCUCAAAAAAUUUAGUAAGGAUUACGAUGCUGUCCAAGAUUAUGUCAAAGAAAAUGUUAGCGAUCAUUUGCGUGAUCAUGGAGGUGUUAAAAUCAAGUAUAUAGCCGUUGGAAACGAACCAUUCUUGAAAGCUUACAAAGGAGAAUACGAGAAGACCAUAUUUCCAGCUCUAAAAAACGUACAAAAAGCACUCAAUGAAGCUGGGCUAGGUAACAAAAUCAAAGCCACAAUCCCACAAAAUGCUGACGUAUACAACUCCGGUACAGCAGGCCCAUCGGCGGGAAAUUUCCGACCAGAAAUCAGAGAUUUAAUGGUCAAAAUCUCAAGGUUUCUUGACGAAAACAACUGUCCUUUCAUUGUUAAUAUAUACCCUUUCCUUAGUCUUUAUGAAAACGAAGAUUUUCCCAUUGAAUUUGCUUUCUUUGACGGAGGUGGACAAGGUGUUCAAGACAGAAACAUUCACUACACGAACAUGUUGGAUGCCAACCUCGAUACCCUCACAUAUUCCCUGAAGAAGGCCGGAGCAAACAAGGUUAAAAUCAUCGUCGGAGAAAUCGGGUGGCCGACAGAUGGCAACCAACAUGCCAACGCAAAAAUGGCAAGAAGAUUCUAUAAUGGAUUGCUGAAAAAGUUAGCGUCUAACAAAGGAACCCCACUUCACCCAGGAUACAUCGAAGUUUAUCUUUUCAGUUUAACCGAUGAAAAUCAAAAGAGUGUUGCUCCGGGAUACUUCGAACGUCACUGGGGGAUUUUCCGGUAUGACGGUCAACCAAAAUUCCCUAUUGAUUUCUCCGGCCAAGGCAACGAAAAGAUGCCGGUGGGUGCAAAAAACGUAACGUAUUUAAGUCACCAGUGGUGUGUUUUGAAUGACGAUGUGAAGAAUAUGAGCAAGGUCAGGGUUACUUUGGAUUACGCUUGCAGUUUGGGUGAUUGCACAAGCCUUUCAUAUGGAUCAUCAUGCAACAGACUAAGUGAACGCAUGAAUGCAUCGUAUGCAUUCAAUAUGUAUUAUCAGAUGAAUGAACAGAGUGUUGAGGCUUGCGAUUUCAAUGGGGUGGCAAAGAUCACUAACCGCAAUUACUCCACGCAGGAGUGUCUUUUUCCGGUAGAGAUAAUGAGUGCUGCCGGGAAGAAUCUCGCCGGAACCAGUGUUCUUGUUGGUUUGUUAAGCUUGUUAGCGUUAUCCUGAAGGGUUCAUAACUAGUAAGAGAUAGGUGAUUCAGAGUUAUUCCA